AUGACGCUUGUGUGCACCACCCACGGAGGCUUCCCUGAACACCAGGUGACAUGGAGGACCCAUAACCGUACUCUGGAGCGUCACGAGGCUGUCACCAAGACGACCCAGGAUCCUGUAACAGGAAACUACAACAUCAGCAGCCGAGUGAAUGUGACAGAGGGACAGAAUCUAACCUGCAGUAUCUACAACCCCAUCCUCAAUGAGACCCAGAGUAACUUUAUCGUCAUACCAGCCUCACCAGCUGCAUGUGAGAAUGAAGUCACUGGGAUUAUAGGAGAGUCUGUUCUCCUGUCCUGUGACCUGAAAUCAUCCACGGCCAUCGACACAGCAAGACUCCGGUUCCACUGGCAAGAUGAGUCCGAAAGAGUGUUGUACUCGUUCAACAAAGGAGAAGAGAAUCAACAUCAGGAUAGCCUUUACACAAACAGAACUAAAGCCUUUGGGUCUGAGAUUAGUUCUGGGAAUAUCUCUAUCAAACUCAGCCACGUAACACUUGAAGACAAGCAGAAGGUCUACAGGGCUUUCGCUACACUGUUUGGCGAGGAUGAUAAGCAUAUCCACCCGUGUCGCACUACCCUACUUGUGGCAGCACGGUUCCCGACACCCAGUGUGACUGUGAACAAGACAAAUAUGAAUUCCACGUGUUCAACCCAGGGGGGAUACCCACAACCAACGGUCACGUGGACCAUCCAGGACCGUGGGAACCGCACUCUGGACCCGUGGGAAGUACAGACCAAUAUUACCCUGGAUUCUGAAAGUGGACUGUACAGCGCCUGGAGCCAAGUGAAUAUAACAGAAAAUCAGACGGUGACCUGCCAUAUCUUCAACCCCGUUCUGAGAGAGACUGUGAGCAACACAACCAUCGUCAGCCCCAGCAUUAACACAGACCCUGCAGGUUGUGGAGCCAGAGGUGGUGCUACAGGAGCCAGAGGUGGUGCCACAGGAGCCAGAGGUGGGCCACAGGAGCCAGAGUUGGUGCUACAGGAGCCAGAGGUGGUGCUACAGGAGCCAGAGAUGGGGCCACAGGAGCCAGAGGUGGUGCUACAGGAGCCAGAGAUGGUGCUACAGGAGCCAGAGAUGGUGCUACAGGAGCCAGAGGUGGUGCUACAGGAGCCAGAGGUGGUGCUACAGGAGCCAGAGGUGGUGCUACAGGAGCCAGAGGUGGUGCUACAGGAGCCAGAGGUGGUGCUACAGGAGCCAGAGGUGGUGCUACAGGAGCCAGAGGUGGUGCUACAGGAGCCAGAGGUGGUGCUACAGGAGCCAGAGGUGGUGCUACAGGAGCCAGAGAUGGUGCCACAGGAGCCAGAGAUGGUGCCACAGGAGGUGAUGAGGAGCAGAGCAUUCUAAUGGUUAUCACAAGCCAGCCUCUGGGUCAAUAGUAGUUUUGAUCAAGUUGAUGGCACCACAGUUACCAAUGCUAAUGGUGCUGCAGCAAAAACAACACAGUAGAUGACAUUGUAAACAUGCAACUGGACAAAAGUAGUUUUGAGACAGGUAUAAUCCUGAGUUGGACGCAGACUGACGAGGUUAUGGAAAGAGGAAAUUCUGAAGCUACAGUUAACAAUGUUAUACAGGAACCAGGUGAAGGCCGGCACCAGACGAUCUAGAGGCAGACUGACACUUCUUUAUGUACAGGUCCAUAUAUUGGACAUAUCAGUGUACUGUAUCCCAAUGGAAUCUACAU